GAAAGCGGCUGGUAUGAUAACGCCCAUUCCGAACUUUGAACAUUCUGAGCACACAUUCAACCGUACUUUUGACUUACAUCUUGAGCUUCAAAUCAGCGCUCUCAACAGCCUAACAGGUUGAGGAUUUAUUAGCUCCGAAAAUCUCACCAUGUUCUCCGCAUUCUCGGCCGCCCCGAAGCCUAUGGAACACAGUGAGUUGCAAGCCCUUGUGCGAGAUCAGAUAAUACAAGAAGCAGGUGUCGACUUUGAAAGCCGCCCCAUCUUGGCCAUGUAUUCGUGUUUCUUCCCGGACCCUCGCGCGGCGAACUAUGAUGACUUGCUCAAAUUGCUUCUGCAACGGUUAGAUGAAGUUGUGGAGAGCGAUUAUGUGCUAGUGUUCUUCGCCGCGGGCUCACAGUACCAGCCGGGAUGGUCGUUCCUUUACCGGGCGUAUUCAUUAUUAGGAAGAAAAUACCGCAAAAACCUAAAGUCGAUGUUCAUAGUCCACCCAUCCCUUUGGCCACGCCUAAUCAUCCAAGGAAUGGGAGCUGUGGUGAGCCCGAAGUUUGCGCGCAAGCUGGUCUGGGUAUACAGUUUGGCGCAGUUGGGAGGUUCUGUGCCUUUGAAGCAGUUGCACGUGCCUGAGGCGGUCUUGGCGGUGGAUGCGAAGAGUAGCAGCGGGAAAGUGUCGAUGGAGAAGCUUCCGCCAGACACUUCUAGUGUUUUCGGGAAACCAUUGGAGGAGAUCAUGGGGCUGAAUGGAGAGGAGGGGUUACCACGGGUCGUGACGGAUUGCAUCGAGUACAUUCGGAAAGACGGGAUGAACGUGGAAGGCAUCUUCCGCCGAUCACCAGCAUCACAACAACUGCAAGCCGCGAAACGGGCAUACCAGACUGCAGAAUCCACAUACGAUCUGCAAGCAUCAGGGGAUGUGCAUCUCGCCUGCGUAUUGCUAAAGACUUUCUUUCGAGAUCUUCCAAAUCCUGUGUUUUCGGCGGCGAUGUAUGAUACGAUACGGGGGAUACAAAGCCUCCCAACAGACUCCGCCCGCCUAUCCUACACAAAGAACACCAUCCUCCCCCUCCUCCCCCGCCCAACCUACCUUCUCCUCGAAGCAACCUUCGCGCUCCUCCACGACAUCCACGCCAACUCCUCAACAAACCUGAUGACAUCAACCAACCUCACCAUUGUGUGGGCGCCGAAUCUGGUGCGGAGCGAUAACCCGAUCGCGGAUUUUAGUAUGGGCGCGAUGGGCGCGCAGAGUGGAGGGGCGGGAAAUGUGAUUAGGAUUUGUAUUGAGCGGUUUGAGGAGGUUUUUGAGUAGGUUGGAUGAGAUCGUGUUGGCGGCCAUUUGGGCGGGGAGGACAUGGGGUCAGCGCGAACCAUACAGCGCGCAAGUCGGCAUCCACCACGGCGUCGGCACAUAUACUCCGAACAGUAAGUUGCAUCUUUUUUUUCGAAGGCCGAAUGGUUUUAUACCCCGCCUUCUGAGAUGCGUCGGGGAAGGUACCCCAGCAGCGCAUGACGCCCGGGCGUACAUACAUGACUAGCUUUUAUACCCGCUCUUCGGGUUGUACAUACCGAGUAAUGACAUAGUACCACUUUUCCACGGCAAUUUUACUGGAAGAAAACUCGAUUUCCCUGCC